GACGCGUGCGAGCGGCUCGGCGGGCGGGCGCCCCGCACAUCUUCGGCGAGCUCGGUGCGGCGGGGACCCGCGGGGCCGCGCCCGCUCCGGAUGGGGCCGAGCGCGCCCCGGGCGAACCGCAGCCGCGGGGCCCCCGCGGGGGUUGCGGACGCGUGGCGCCGCUGAUGGCCGCGGGGCGCCGAGGGACGAUGGCUCCGCACAAGCUGUGCUCGGUGCUGGAAGUGUUGCUAGUAACCGUCCUCGUAGUGGAAGGGAUUGCCGUUGCACAGAAGACACAAGGUGGGCAAAAUAUUGGAGUAAAUCGCAUUCCUCCUACCCAGUGUGACAACUGGGUACGGACCAGUAACGGAGGACAUUUUGCUUCGCCAAACUACCCUAACAUGUACCCACCAAACCAGGAGUGCAUCUAUAUCUUAGAAGCUGCUCCACGGCAAAGAAUUGAGUUGACCUUUGAUGAACCUUAUUAUAUAGAACCCUCAUUUGAAUGUCGGUUUGAUCAUCUGGAGGUUCGAGACGGACCUUUUGGUUUCUCCCCUCUCAUUAAUCGCUACUGUGGUCUGAAAAGUCCUGCAUUAAUUAGAUCAACAGGGAGAUUUAUGUGGAUCAAGUUUACUUCUGAUGAGGAGCUGGAAGGAAAGGGAUUUCAAGCAAAGUACUCGUUUAUACCAGAUCCUGACUUCACUUACCUAGGAGGCAUUUUAAAUCCCAUUCCAGACUGCCAGUUUGAGCUCUCAGGAGCUGACGGAAUAGUACGUUCCAGUCAAGUAGAACAAGAAGGAAAAACAAAACCGGGACAGGCAGUUGACUGCAUAUGGACAAUUAAAGCUACUCCAAAUGCUAAGAUUUAUUUGCGAUUUCUCGACUAUCAAAUGGAGCAUUCAAAUGAAUGCAAAAGAAACUUUGUUGCUGUAUAUGAUGGAAGUAGUUCCAUUGAAAACCUGAAGGCAAAGUUUUGCAGCACAGUAGCAAAUGAUGUCACACUGCAGACUGGCACAGGUGUGGUGCGGAUGUGGGCAGAUGAAGGCAGUAGGCUAAGCAGAUUCAGAAUGCUGUUCACUUCAUUUGUGGAUCCGCCCUGCUCAGGCAACACUUACUUCUGCCAUAGCAACAUGUGCAUCAAUAAUUCUUUAGUCUGCAAUGGCAUUCAAAACUGUGCAUACCCUUGGGAUGAAAAUCACUGCAGAGAAAAGAAAAAAAACGGAUUGUUUGAACAAAUCACCAAAACUCAUGGAACAAUCAUUGGCAUUACGUCGGGGAUAGUUUUAGUUCUUCUCAUCAUUUCAAUCCUAGUACAAGUAAAGCAACCUCGCAAAAAGGUUAUGGCUUGCAAGACUGCUUUCAAUAAAACUGGUUUCCAGGAAGUAUUCGAUCCUCCACAUUAUGAACUAUUUUCACUAAGGGACAAAGAAAUUUCUGCAGACUUGGCAGAUUUAUCAGAAGAACUUGAAAACUACCAGAAAAUGAGACGCCCUUCCACAGCUUCCAGAUGCAUUCAUGACCAUCACUGUGGCUCCCAAACCUCUAACAUAAAACAAAGCAGGACAAACGUCAGCUCCAUGGAACUUCCCUUCCACAAUGAUUUUGCACAGCCUCAGCCAAUGAAAACAUUUAAUAGUACAUUCAAGAAAAGCAGUUACACUUUCAAACAAGUGCAUGACUGCCCCGAGCAAGUUAUAGAAGACAGGGUGAUGGAGGAGAUUCCAUGUGAAAUCUAUGUCAGAGGGAGAGAAGAUACAGCACAAGGUGCACUAUCUAUUGACUUUUGAUUUCCUAGGGGCAGUAGUAUCAGUGUAUAUACAGGAUGCUUGUGUACAGUGACAGUGUAUAUAUUAAAAGUGUAUCAUAAGCAGCGUGUGAGAUGCACACACUUUUAGCUUAUUAUACUUCCUUUAAAAAAACAAAGUCUUUGUAACUAAUUCUUGUUGAAAAAUGGUGGAUUUCCUCCCAUCUUCCGAAGCCUCCUAUCCAGUGGAGGUGUAAGACAGUGACAUUGCAUGGAAGUUCUAAGUUAAAGACAUGGAAAAAAAAAACAACAACUACUAAUUACUGAACACUGAUAACAAUGACCAUUGUUCUUUUCCGCAUAUCAUUUUCUCCUCUUUAGAUGACUCUUUUUCAAGACAAUUUUAAUACUUCGGUUACAUAAAUAAAAGUAGUGAAGUGCACCAGGUGUAUCUCAACAUAGGUAUCUUACUGUAUUUGUCAAGCUGAAAGUAGAGUUAGUGUUAAGUGCCAGUUAAGACUCAAGAAUUAUGUUACAGCCAUCUGUUUCAUCUUGCCUACCAUUUAUAUUGCCUUUAAUGAUCAGUUCCUUACUCUGCGCUUUGUGAGAAAUAAGUGAAAGGGAUUACUGCCUUUUAAAAUACUGAGUUAUAUUAAUUUUAGUACAUUUGGUAAUAUAUAGUCUUUGCAGCUUUUGGUUAAAAAUUCAGUCCUUAUGUUAUUCUGGAUGCAGACUUUUACAACAGUUUUCUUUCAAGGAGAUUUAGGAUUUUAUAAAGUUCUGCCAUAUAUAAUAGAUCCAUAUGGCUUACUGAUUUCACAGCUCUGCAGUUACAAAACAGUUUUGUCCCUGCAUUUUUGAAGCAUUUACAUAAAUAAGCUGUACUGUACAUUUGUCUCUAAAAAUAGCCUUUUACUCCUUAGUGCGGUCAAGCUUCCCUACUGAAAUCAGUGACGAUACUUCUAUCUCAUGUCCUACUUGCCUAAGAUAACUGCUCUGAGGACUGCUGUUACCAGGUGUACAAAGGUACUGGGAACAGAGAGAAAUCACAAAUCAACUCUUAUUACCCCUUAUAGAACCCCUUAUAGAACCCCUUCAUAUGCCCCUUGUUUCCACUUGCAAAAUUGCAAAUUUCAUACCUUUUUUAAUGGUGGUUUGGACCCAGUUUUAAAAUUUUUACAAUAUAAACAAUUUUUUAAAUAUAAUAAUUCUCAUUGUGGUUUUUAAACUUUUUAUAUAGUUUGAUACUGUACAGACUAUUUAUUAAAUCAAAAUCUAGCCCCUGUACAGCAGACUUGUUUCAGCGUCCCUGUUAGCAGCUCUGGGUAGCAUGCAGUAGCUGCUGCGUGCAUCACAAUUUGCCAGGAAUACUUAAUACGCUAGCCUACAUUUUAUUCCCUGGUCUAUUUGUUUUUAUUCUGAUAUGUUGUUUACGGAAAACCUUUCACUCUGGAUGCUCUGCCAGCUUGCACCGGGCACACCCUUUAUCUACAAAUGUCUGCAAACCCAUAGUGUUUGUUUUGCUGACUGUAGUAUCGAAAACAAAAAAGCUUAAUAUAUGACUCUAGCAACUGAAAAAUCUUUUAGAAUCAUAGAAUAGUUAGGGUUCGAAGGGACCUUAAAGGUCAUCUAACUCCAACCCCCCUGCCAUGGGCAGGGACACAUCCCACUAGAUCAGGCUGCCCAAGGCCCCAUUCAGCCUGGCGUUGAACACCUCCGGGGAUGGGGCAUCCACAACUUCCCUUGGCAACCUGUUCCAGUGUCUCACCACUCUCAUGGCGAAGAAAUUCUUCCUAAGCUCUAGUCUAAAUGUUCUUCUCUAGUCUUCUUUCAAAUCAGAGAUGAACAGCAGCUGUAAUUACAGAUUGUCAUUAGAAUGACAGGGAAAAAACAUUUUUUUUGGUUUUUUUACAAAUGCUUAGAAUGCAAGAAGUUUAAGGAGGAACAAAGAAAACAGAGAUGGGAAUUGGUAUCUUCAGCACUUCCCAAUCUCAAAAUCAACCCUGUCUGAUGUCCAGAAAGAACUUCCAACACAAAGUCAUGGAUCAGACCCCCUAAGCUGUAUCCUGGUGUGAGGUUUUGUGCUGGUCCCAGAAUGUCUUUCAGUUUGAAAGAAUGAAAAUGAGCAUUACUUUUAGAUGUACUUCCUGCAGAAGUGUUAAAAAACUUAAUUUUGACUUGAAAAUUUUUUAAUAUUUAAUUAAAACAUUCCUUGACAGAUGUGAGUUACUUCUCAUUGAUUUCAGUAACCAUGAUCUAUAUGAUACAGAAUGUUACUUGUGACAGUCUGUAAGUUCAGGUUCUUUCAACAAGUAAUAUGUAGUCUUACACAGGUCAGUUUUAUCCAUAUAACUCUUAAGUUCUAGGUUUGCGUGACUGUUUUCUUUUUAAGGUAUAGCUGUUCAUAUGAGAAAGAGAACAUUACCUCUAUGCUUUCCUAAGUUAUGUUGUCUUUGAACAAUAAACCUGUAAUAGUAAAACAAAUAGCAAGCCUGCCGAGCCCAAGUCUGUGGAGAAAAGAGGAAGAGCUCAAUUGAAGUUCUCAAAUGGCCUGGAUUAUCAACAUUUCAGUCUCUGUUGUAGCUUUCUGAUGAUGUGGUCAGAACACAGCUGCUUUUUGGCUACCCCAGAGCAUGUAGCUGAGGUCCCACAGCCAGUCAUGUCUAUGGCCUCAAGCUCCGCCAGGAGAGGUUCAGGCUUGACAUCAGGAAAAAAUUUUUCAGGGAAAGGGUCAUUGGGCACUGGAACAGGCUCCCCAGGGAGGUGGUUGAGUCACCUUCACUGGAGGUGUUUAAAGGAUGGGUGGAUGAGGUGCUGAGGGGCAUGAUUUAGAGAUUGUUAGGAAUGGUUGGACUCGAUGAUCCAGUGGGUCCUUUCCAACCUAGUGAUUCCAUGAUUCUGCCCGUAACUUCUCACAGUAUCCCCAUGCCCAGCUCUACAAACAUCACUCCUCCCCCUUCCCUGCCGUCUAAUCUAGUUGUUUGUCGUUAGGAUAAAUAAAGACAAGAUACUGCUGGCUAGUUAGCACCUGCUCCUGAUGCCCAGCACAGAGCAAAACCUCCUGGUGGGAGCUUUUCCAAGCUUUUCCAUAGUUCUGUAGUAGCAGACCCAAUCCUUACUGUGGCAAUAGCUUUACAUUUCAACAGAUCUGUGAGAGAAACCCAAAGGAAUAAUGAGGUCUAUACACUUCUAUAAACAGUAUGGGCAGGAAAAUGAAAUAUCAGUGAUCGUGUUAUUCAAAGAAAGGUGAAAUUCGCAUUGAACCUAAAAACUCCAAAAGGAAAACUUGUACACAGUGUGUUUAAAAAAUUACUUGUCUAUACAUCUCAUUGAACUGUUGAGCUCAGUUACUUAGUUGUGCUUUGAGAAAUAAGCAGUAACUAUCAGAGUCAGAAUUUCACUGCCAGUAUAAUCAAAUUCCCUUCACCACAGAGGAAAAAUGACUGCUCGGUAUCACUCAAGAGUGCAGAAAGCUGCUAUUUUCAGCAGAAGAAUCCAGUACUGGUUUUGGUCUCAAGCAGGUAGAGUUGAUGUUGUGGUCUUUAAACCUUUUUUUUGUAUGAGCAAAACCCAACAGCUUUUAUAUUCUUGCAGAAUAUAAGCACUGUUGGCCUGUUUCCACUAUCUCCACCUUAAAUCCAUACAUUUUUAGGAGUAUUCUGAUUUUGCACUCAAUUGUACCAGUAUCACAUACCCUCUGUUCACACUGAGGGCUCAUAAGCAAAGAUAUGUUCCCUGGACAGACAUUGACCAGGAAAAGACCAACAGCAUUAACUAUAUUUUGUAUUUAUAAUUAAUUUUUACCUUUUAUUAUAGCAGCUCAGACACCAAACUAUCUAAAAUGAAGAGGGUUUGUUGUAGGUAAAAGUUGUAGAAGUAAACCUAUAGCCAACAACACUAAAAAGGAAUAAGAACCAUGAUUCUUGAGCUUUCUGUAAGGAGAUGUCUGCAUUUACAAGUACCGUGACAGUGGUGCAGGAGACUCAGACUUAACACUGUUACUGACUUUCAGCAGUCGUAGAAAUACUGAUUUCUAUUUAAAAAUACAUAAGAUUCUCUCAUCUGCUGUAGACAAGAUGACCCUCAUAGGGCAUACAAAUUAGAUUGGUAUAAGAAGUGCUGACUAUUUUGACUAAACCAAUACAAAGAAAUGUUGUCAUUGACUUACAAGACAAGGUGCUUGUCCUGUGUGCAGUUAAAAGAAUUUAAGUCAUUAAAAUACAUUUUGUUUUGUUUUUUACCUGGUACAGAGGUGCAUUAGCAGCACAUCUGCUAAAUGAGGAAAAGAAGGCUUGUCUUCUUUUCAAAUUGAUUAGUGCUUAAAUAAGAUUCUUAUAUCAAUGAUCCUAACAACAUUUAGGUUUCUAAACUAUUUAAAUAUAAUCCUUUAUCUAAAAGGCUACCAGCAGCAAAAGUAAUGAGAAAAAAUCUUGGCAGCUAUACUAGAGAAGACAAAAGUAAAUUACUGCUUGGAAUGGAACAACUUCAUUCAUACAGAUAUACUGAAAUAUACCUAGAGUUUGAUCUUCGUGUAUGGUCAGUCUCUAUGUACCUGUUCACAGUAAAACUCACUCAAACCCAUUUACUUUUGCAUGUCCUUAUUUCAAAGAUUAUGUACGACACCUACGGUUGCUCACCAAAACAAAAUCUAAGAGUUCUGUCUCUGUGGUUUCCAAGAACCAUCUUUGCAUAGGGUAAAUCCGCCCUAUAAAUACACAAAUAAAUCUCGUCAGUAUGUGCUAAUAUGUGGUUCUGUGUCACCAUGGAACUGCAAGUUUACUUUCAAGUUCAAAUUCCUUUGCUACACUCCAUUUACAGAAUCAGCUUAACAAAAAUCUCUUUUCCAUCUGUUUCAUAGUUCAACACCAACACCAGGCAUUCGUGAAUUGUCAACUCAUUCCCUCUUAUCUAGCUCGCAAAGAUAAUCUAGCAUAUACCAGAUAAAACAGCUUAGUUUCUAUAACUAUGUUCUUACAGAGCCAAAGCCAGGCCCAGGGAGAAACAAAGUAAGAACUUGAUGUCUUUGUAUGUCUUUCCAUCACCAUCACGUAA